GGCGGCGUCCGCAGAAGCCUCCCACUGAAUUUUUUAAGAAGCAAAUGCCUCUGGAUUUCAGAACAGAAUUGUGGGCUUAUGUGGAAGAGAUGCUGUGGUUUUCCUCAAACUGUGUUAUAAACUAAUUUCAAUGUUUCAGUGUUGCACCAUUUUGUGUUGAGUAACAGAAGUUCUGCGGUUCAGUGACCCAUGUGACGGUCGUCAGUAGCUUUACGAGAUGAGCCAAACUCGUGGGAGAUAUGACUUCUACAUCGGGCUGGUGUUGGCUAUGAGUUCCAGCAUUUUCAUCGGAGGGAGCUUCAUCCUGAAAAAGAAGGGUCUGCUCCGGUUGGCUAGGAAAGGCUCCAUGAGAGCAGGUCAAGGUGGCCAUGCAUAUCUUAAAGAGUGGCUGUGGUGGGCUGGGCUUCUUUCAAUGGGAGCUGGUGAAGUAGCCAACUUUGCUGCCUAUGCCUUUGCACCAGCUACAUUAGUGACUCCUUUAGGAGCUCUCAGUGUUCUUGUAAGUGCCAUUCUGUCAUCCUACUUUCUAAAUGAAAAACUUAAUCUACAUGGAAAAAUAGGGUGUUUGCUAAGUAUCCUGGGAUCAACUGUGAUGGUGAUUCAUGCUCCUCAAGAGGAGGAAGUAGAAACUUUGAAUGAAAUGUCCCACAAAUUAGGUGAUCCAGGUUUUGUGGUCUUUGCAACGCUUGUUGUCAUUGUGUCUUUAAUUCUCAUAUUUGUGGUGGGACCUCGUCACGGACAGACCAACAUUCUGGUGUACAUAACCAUCUGCUCUGUCAUUGGAGCCUUAUCAGUCUCCUGCGUGAAAGGUUUGGGCAUCACCAUAAAGGAACUUUUUGCAGGAAAACCAGUGCUGAAGCAUCCCUUGUCGUGGAUUCUGCUGCUAAGCCUUAUUGUCUGCGUGAGCACGCAGAUCAACUAUUUAAAUAGGGCCCUGGAUAUAUUCAACACGUCGAUAGUGACUCCCAUCUAUUACGUGUUCUUCACAACAUCCGUUCUGACGUGUUCCGCUAUCUUGUUCAAGGAGUGGCAGCACAUGGCGGCUGAUGACAUCAUUGGCACCUUCAGUGGCUUUCUCACUAUUAUCGUGGGGAUCUUUUUAUUGCAUGCCUUUAAAGAUGUUAGCUUCACCCUGGCAAACCUGCCCGUCUCUCUGCGCAAGGAGGAGAGAGCAGCAAACGGUACUUUGCUGGGCACCUACGACUGCUUUAAUCAUGAUGAGGAAAGCCCUACGUGUGCGGGUGAAGUGCAGUCGCCCGAGAGUCUCGCGGCCCGCAGGAACGGAAGCCUGGCAGCCUUCUGAAAGGAUCUGCGUGUCAAGAAGCAAAAGAACAACUCUGUAACUCUGGAUUUUGGGUUUUUUUCCUGCUGUGAAACGUCUGAGCUCAUCUAGGAACUGAUGUACUUUUUAACGGUAUGUGUAGACAAUCGUUAAUUUUUGAGUUUGAUUAGUUUGGACCAAGAACACACUGAUGGGAUUUUUAAUUUGCCUUAUUUUUACUUCUAGUAUACUAAAAGGAUCUCAGACCACAGUUGGGUUCAUUGCUUAAGUUAUGUGUAAAUACUCAUUUCACUCUUCUGUUUUAAAGAUGUAUUGCACUAAUGACAAUUUUAUCAAAAUAAAUUGCUUUAUUUCUGCAUUGGUGG